UGCUGACCGGCGUCCUGCGUAGUCGUCUGUCGUACUUGGUCGUACAUCUACAUUAGUAGUUAUUAAUACUACAUUUCAUUUUGCUAGUAGUGCGCGGAGGGCGCGUGUAGUCGUGAUAUAAAAGAGAGGUGUCUUCCAGCUAUCACAUCAAGACUACACCCGGUUUCAAAAUGUCAAACAGAGCAUGGGUAACGUUAGCUACAAACGACUCCUACGGUCUCGGAGCACUGGUGGUGGCGCACUCCUUGCGCCGGGUCGGCUCAUCGUAUCCAGCGGUGGUCCUCAUCACUCCGUCCGUAACUGCUGCUAUGAGGGAGCGACUCCGUGCAGUAUUUGCAGAAGUUAUAGCAGUAGACGUGCUCGACUCCCAAGAUGCGGCUCAUCUAGCUCUGCUGCAACGUCCAGAACUUGGCAUCACCUUCACAAAGAUCCACUGCUGGAACCUCACGCAGUACGAGAAAUGCGUCUUCUUGGAUGCUGAUAUUUUGGUGGUCCAAAACUGUGAUGAGCUAUUUGAAAGAGAAGAGCUAUCUGCCGCACCAGAUGUCGGCUGGCCCGAUUGCUUUAACUCCGGAGUGUUUGUCUUCCAACCUUCAGCGGACACGUUCAGUAGACUGAUUGCUUUUGGACAAGAGCGAGGCAGUUUCGAUGGGGGUGACCAGGGUUUGCUUAAUUCGUACUUCUCCAACUGGUCCCAGGAUACCAACAAGCGUCUUCCAUUCCUAUAUAACGUCACAUCUGCUGCGUUCUAUUCAUAUUUGCCAGCACUAAAGCACUAUGGGCAAGAUCUGAAAAUAAUCCACUUUAUCGGGGCUGCCAAACCCUGGCUGCAACAAUAUAAUUUUGAAUCUCGUAGUGUUGAUGCUCCAGAGCACUUGAAAGGUUUCCUGCAACUUUGGUGGGACCUCUUUACAUCCCAAGUGCACACACAACUAGACACUACUAUGACUGGUGUUGCUGGAAACCUAGCGCGAGUUGUGCCUGGUGUACCAUUACAACGAGAGGCUCUUGAUGAACUAACGCGACGCCAAGGUUGGGAAACUGGUAACAUUGAUUACAUGGGAGCGGAUUCUUUUGCUAAUAUUUGGGCAAAGAUCUCACAAACCCUUGAUCAAUCGCCAAAACAGCCAUCACCACCUAAAGAAUCUCCCCCUGCAGAAGCACCAGCAAAAGAUUCUGUGGAAGAACUUGCCGAAAAAGUUGCAACCAGCGUUAUUUCUGAACCUGAACCUGCGAAUAUACCUGUUCUGGCAAGUGAAGCAGCUCAGGCGGCAGGUAAAACAACUAUUCCAUCUAAUGUUGAUAUUUUAGUCCCUGAAUGUACUCCCGAAAUUAAUCCUACAGUUAAAAGUGAUAUCUCAGAGCCUAAAGGAACAGUGGCUGCUGAAGAUUCUGUACAACAUGUAACUUCCUGUGAACCAUCAAAAUUGGACACCGAGCCUGUCAAUGAGCCUGCUAUACCCCUAGAGAUCCCAUCGCAAGAGAAGCCUGCUGAACAAAUAACGGUUAACGUAUUGCCCGUUUUAUCUUCUAACAAUUCAGAAUCCAAAAACGGUUCAUCAACGGAAAUAAAACCAGACAGUUCAGUUGAAUCGGUAGCUGUUCCUGAAAAAACUGAGAUUCCUCCCACUCAGACGCAUGUUGUUUCACAAACUGAACCUCAGCUUCCUGAUCAAUUGCAUGAAACUGAAUGUCCUAUUCAGCAAUCUGAAGCGAAACCGGUUUUAAAUACUUCCGAUGUAUCAGACGAACAAAAUAAAUCAGAACUGCAUGAAGAACCUAAACCUACUCCUACAUCUACCGAACUGAAGGAAGCUCCAAAGCCUGUUGCAACUGAUGUGCAUGAGCCUAAACUAGAAUCUGAAUCUCUCGACACUAAAUCAGGCCCAGUCUCAGAUGUUGCGCAUGAAAAGGCACAAGUCAUUGAAUCAGCAAUAUCCGAAGUUGUCUCAGAAACUCAAUUGGUAGAGCCAAAGCUUGAUACGACAAAGACAGAAAUUGUAACUACAAUUUCAGAGCAGGAUAAAUCUCCAUCUAAGACUGAAGUGCCUGUUUCUGCCUCUGACAGUCCUCCAUUGGCCAACACACCAUCACAGGACGAAAUUCCAAUUGCCACGGUUGCUAAAUUGGAGGAGCGUCGCAAGCCUGCGGGGAAGUUGCAGCUGAGCCCGCCUGUUGCUGCCGACCCUAUCCCCACCCCGGACAGCGAGCUCGAAGAUGCGGCAACCCUCGCACAAUCCAUCAUCGCCAGCGAACUUCGCACGCCGACCGUCACUUCACCAACUCCCACUGACGCAACUUCACCGCAACUAGCUUCCCAGUCUGACAAACUCGGCGUCCAGAAACCAGACAUGCCAACUCCGCCCGUGGAAACAGUCUCCAUUUCACAGAUUGGCGUCAAACCUAAAGCGAAACCUAGUACUGCUGCUCAGAUUGAAUCUUCAGUCACUGAUACGCCGAAGAAAAAAGUAGUUCAAAAGGCAGUGAAAAAAGAUGGCGUGUCUAGUGUCGAAGCACCCGUUCCUCCGCCACGCAAAAAGGAAAAGAAACCAAAAUAAAAUUUGUGCUAGCACCGUCCUAUAAAGUUCCUCUGUGCCAUAAUAUAAGCCCUUGUUGUUUUUUAACCUUUGCGUAUUUAAACGGUUUUGUAUACUUACCUACUACAUUAAUUUUAUAACUCAGUAUCACAACGUCCAAUAUUUUAUCGAAUUUAUAAAACAAAAUGUUAUUUUUUUAUAGAAUACUUAACAAUAGUCAUUUUAAAUAUGCAUAGAAUGUAUUUCGUUUUAUAAAUUAAUUAAACUAAAAUAUCUUAUGAGACGUAUUUAUUAAAGUAAAUUUAUAUUAUCAUUUUUUAUAAAUUAUAUUAAAAAUCUAUUUUCAAAA